GAGGGUCCCAGGUUCCAGGAACAGACAAGCACUAAACACACACUCUGGAGAGUACAGGUUGAUGUCUUCAGGGUCUCUCCUCAUCAUUUCUCCGUCUCUGGAGGAUGAAGGAUAUUUUGAGUGCAUAGUGAGCACCGAGGUUGGAGAGGAGCGAAGGGUCACCGAGGUCACGCUUCAAGUUCCUCCGUCCUUUGAGGAUGAUGUCACCAGUGUGACGGCCAUUAAGGCGGAAUCAGUGGUUUUGCCGUGUUACAUCACAGGACGUCCAUCAGCUGUAUAUAAGUGAGUGUUUGAGGAGUGUAUGUCCAUCUCAUCAACAAUGCAAGAACACAGAUGGAGGGUAUCAGUGUUUUGACAGCUGUCCAUCAGGAAUGACUCAGGCUCAGAGCGGUGUGUGUGGAUGUAGACGAGUGUAAAGACGGCAGUCACAUGUGUCGCUACAGCCAAAUCUACCAAAACACACUCUGUGGAUAUGUGUGUGUGUGUCCAAGAGGCUACCGCUUUCAGGGUGUGAGCAAACCGUGUGUAGGUG